AUGUCUGAAGUAACACUUACAAGAAGAGAACAACAAGCCUUGAGAAAGGCAGCACUUGAAGCAGCACCUGUCAGAACCCUGAGAGAUAUUGGAUCUGCAUUGGAACCUUCGACAAUUCCUAAUGUUAUGAAGUUGAAGUCUAACAUUGUUCGUGUUUUUGCUUCUGAAUGGGAACUUUGCAAACAAGAAAUUGAAGAACAAUGCUGCAUCAAGUGGAUUAUCAGUCGUCCUAAUAGACAUAGUUCCGCUGUUGAUAUCACUAAGAAGAAGUGUGUGCUCUUCUCCCAGAUAUACUCCUGUCAUAGAGGUAGAAGCUAUGAACCUGAAAGCAGAGAAAAGCAUCCAAUUCAAUGUAAAUUGAAGAAAGUUGGCUGUGAGGCAACUCUCACUAUUACUUGUUAUGCUGACAAGCCUCAUGUUUAUGUGUUUGAUUUUAUUGUCAACCACACCAACUAUAUUCCUGGGGAUAUUAAAACCGAUCUUGGACUUAUUCCUUUAACUCGAGGUCAUCCAGCCCAGGGUCAUCAGCUAGAAAAAUCAGACUUGAGAUUCUCUGCAACAUCGACCAGUAAGAAUAUUCUCUCAAUGGACAUCAACCAAACAAUCUUUUGUUUGCAUGAGGACGACUUUAAGUCUAUGAAGAUGUGGUUUACCAAAAAACUUUCUCCCAAAGGUUUUAUUAUCUUUGAAGGUAACCUGCAGACAUAUUCGAACGACGAGAGCCUGUAUGCAUGUGGAUUUACCUCGCCUUUCCAGCAAAGCAAGAUAAAAGCUGCAGCAACAUUCUGUAUGGAUGCCACCUACAGUAUCACUCAAAGAUCGAAUGACAUUCUUUAUACUAUUGUCAUUCAUGAUGAAGAACUUGAUCGUGGUUUCCCCUGUGCAUACAUGCUGAUCAAUUACCAUUCCUUGGAUUCAAUUGUCCAAUGGUUGAAGCACUUGAAAGACAAUCAGUUGGUUGUAAACCCCCGGCAGUUCACUAUUGACUGUAGUGAUGCUGAGACAAAUUCACUCGUGGCAAUCUUCCCUGGAUGCCAGAUCCAAUACUGUCUUUUUCAUGUCAGUCAAGCAUGGUACAGACAACUAAACCUGAAAGUCAAGACAGGAAAUACUGCUGCCCAAAACCAUUUGGUUCGAGGAGAAAUGAUGGCUUUUCUUAAGCAUAUCAUGUAUGAAGAGCAUAUAGUUGUAUUUCUUGACAAGAUUGCCGACUUCAUUGGAAGACAUCAGCAAAGUCAACCUGAUUUUGUCUGA